UUUGCAAUAUGCAGUUCUUCCACACAUCGGUCGCGAAAGCAUCCCGGAAACGGCGGCCAUUAUCUUACAGUUAAAAAAAGGCGGCCAUGUGAAGAUGUCUUCCAUGCCUCUCUUUGACAUACUGUGCUAAUUUAAGUGUUGCUAUCUCGACAUGUCCGAUAAUCGAACCUACGUACUAACCUUAAAGCUCGCGUAAAAGAUUCUGUAUCAGUAGCAUGCAUAACUUCAGCUGAUUAACAUCCAGUGUUAUGCAUCCGAUAAUAGUGACAAUUUCGAUUUCGCUUUCUUUUCUAGCCCGCGGUGUUUUUCCGCAGGACCAGUACUAUCACCUGCCGAAGAAUGUGAGACCGUUCAGGUACAACUUGACGAUCGAGCACCACAAAAACACAUCGUUCAGCGGAAGCGUUAGUAUCGACAUCAAGGUUUUGGCAGUGACCAAAAAUAUCACCUUCCAUUCGAAAGAUCUAACUUUGGGCCCGAUCAGAUUGUACGACACCAUCGGAAGAGAGAUUUACAUUGUGAAUCAUAUUUUCGACGAAGACCGGGACCUGUGUAUACUCUUCUUGCGCGGACACCUAGUCAAGCACGAAAGGUACAAGCUGGUUAUUGAGAAGUUCGUGGGUAAUUUGCAACAUGAGAAAUCUGGAUUUUUCCUGGCGAAGUACAACGAUGAGUAUGGAAAAGAGCGGAAUCUGUCGCUUACGCAUUUUGAGCCGAAUGGGGCUAGGACCGCGUUUCCGUGCUUUGACGAGCCAGGGUUAAGGGCGAAGUUCAUCGUGAGUAUAAUUAGGGAUGAAAAUUACAAUUCGGCGUCGAAUGAGAAGUUGGCAAAGUCGAUAUAUUUAGGUCAUGGUCGGUACCAAGACACCUUCAGGGAGACUGUGGAGAUGCCCACGUAUUUGGUGGCGUUUGUUAUUUCCGAUUUUGUCUACACGAAGGAAAUAGAUCGAGUGCGAGUGUUGGCGAGAAGGGAAGCCAUAGCUAAUGGCGGUGGCGAGUAUGUUUUAGAUGAAGCUGUAAGGUUGCUGAGAGCAAUGGAGGAUUUCACAGGACUUCGUUACUCGUUAAGCAAAGUGGAUUUAUUGGCGGUACCGUCCAGUUACUUUUUGGACGGAGCAAUGGAAAAUUGGGGUUUAAUAAUGUAUGGUGACGAUCAUCUGCUGUACUACAAGUCAACUUCGACCACUGAAGAUUUGCAAAGAUGUACAACCUACACGGCCCAUGAGCUCGCCCACCAAUGGUUUGGAAACCUGGUGACUCCCAAAUCGUGGCACUAUAUCUGGUUAAGCGAAGGAUUCGCUGCCUAUUUUCAGUACCAUGCCACAGAUAUGGUGGAGCCAUCGUGGCGACUGAGAGAGCAGUUCGUUAUCGAGGAAGUCCACAAGGCAUUCACCGGCGAUCUAAUUCCCAUGGCACAUCCGUUAAACUAUGUGUUCGAAGACGCUAACUCAUUUCCGUCCCCUUGGAUGUACUAUUACAAAGCGUCGGCGAUCAUCAAAAUGACCGAGCAUUUCUUGACUCCGCCACUUUUCAGGGAGGGUCUGCGAAUAUACCUUCAGAGAAAAAAAUUCAGUACAAGCCAACCGAGCGACCUCUACAGAGCGUGGCAAACUGCUGUUGACCACGCGAACGCCGGGUACCUCCUGGACGGCAUGCCCAUGAAAAAAAUUUGGGGAACCUGGGACACAAACGUCGGAUACCCUGUAGUUACCGCCACGCGUGAUUAUAGGACAGGAAGUCUAACUUUGACGCAGGAGACUUACAACGCGGAUAAUUCCACUGGUGACAGUAGUGUGUGGAUCAUUCCGAUUACGUACGUUUUGCACGGUGCAAAAGGAUCGAGCUUUGCAAAAACCAUGACCGAUUUUUGGAUGACUGAGAAGACGAUGACGUUGAAGGACUUCCGUUCUGACAGCUGGUUAAUACUCAACAAACAGCAUGCUGGUUAUUUCCGAGUGAAUUACGACACCAUCAACUGGUAUCGGAUCAUCGAGUUUUUAAGGACAUACGCAUUUAAGUCGAUACAUCCCUUAAACAGAGCGCAAUUGGUAAAUGACGCCUUCCAAUUGGUGGAGGACGCUAAACUGAAUGCGAAGAUUGCGUUAGAUUUAAGCGAGUUUAUCAAACAAGAAACCGACUACAUAGUACUAAAACCGUUCCUUAAACGCAUCGAUAGUUUCGACUUUAUGGUCGCCGUAACUCCCGAGUAUCCCAUCUUUCAGCAAUACGUCAUCCAGUUGCUGAACUUUGCGUACGAGCACAUCGGACCCGAAGAGGUGAUACGCGACACUCACAUUCGCAAGUUAACCCGCGUGAUUGUGGUGCGAAGGUUGUGCCUCUACGGCGAUGAGAGAUGCCAACAGUUCGGGUUGAACAAGAUAAAGACGUGGCAACGAACUGGUCGCCUCGAUAUACCCACAGAUCUAAAGUUCCAUUUCCUUUGUGGGGCAAUGCAAAACGCCAAUCAGCACGAAUGGGACUUUUUAUUUCAGCAGUAUUACAAAGCCGAUCCCAAUGAUCAAAUUAUCUACAUAAUGGCGCUAGCCUGCACACGUAACAGACUGAUGUUGCACAGCUUCUUGGGCCAAAUCUAUGACUACACCAAUGCAAUAACGACGGCUCACCGCACGAAAGCGCUCGUUAACAUGAUAGAAAACAACGUGGUGGGUCGCGAAGUGGUACUCACCUAUGCAACUACCCAAACCCUUCCUCAAAAUUCAAGCUUGGAAGAAGCUAAUUCUGCAGACACGAUUACACAAAUAGUUCCAAGUCGCCUUACCGAUCAGGUGGAACUUUAUCAAAACUCGGAAAACGCCAAGCUGGUACCGGCGAACUUCUUUACCAAGGAGUAUUUGGAGCAGUACGAGAUUGAUUACAUUGACCAAAUAUCAGACUGGCUGAGGGAUCGCCAAAACACCUUGGAAAUGUAAAUAAGGGGAUUUAAAUAUUCGCAAUAAAUAGAUAUUUAC